GGAGAGCCGUGAAGACCGCGUCUGUUUCCAAGAAGUCCCGAUUUUUUUCUUUCUCUCCCCCCCCUCCGGCUGUUACCUGCAGACCAGCAAGGAAGCGUCACCAUGACAACGGAGAUGCAGGAGAUUGCCAUUACGGAGGAGAAGCCUUUACUCACGGGUCAGGCCGACGCAGCCAAGGAUGCUGUGGAGCUGGCUGCUAGGAUACUCCUGGACCAAGGACAGGAACACACUGUUGAGACCCCCCAUGGAGUCCUGCACGUGACCCUCCAUGGCUCACGGACCAGCCGCAGGCCCGCCAUCCUCACCUUCCACGACGUGGGUCUGGACAGUAAGAGCUGCUUCUCCCCUCUCUUCAAGUUCGAGGAGAUGCAGGAGAUUGUCAAGAACUUCACCCUGAUUCACAUCGACGCUCCGGGGCAAGAGGAGGGGGCGCCUGCUUACCCCCCAGGGUACCAGUAUCCCACAAUGGAGACCAUAGCAGAGAUGAUUCCAGCCGUGCUGCAGUUUUUCAACUUCCGUACCGUAAUCGGAGUGGGAGUGGGGGCUGGAGCCUACGUCCUCUCCAAGUUCACACUGGCUAACCCUGACGCGGUGGAGGGGCUGGUCCUGGUCAACAUUGACACCAACGCUCGGGGUUGGCUGGACUGGGCCGCUCAGAAGCUCAGCUCAGUGACCUCCUCCCUCACAGAGCAGAUUCUGUGUCACCUCUUCAGUCAGGAGGAGAUGUCUUCAAACACAGAUGUGGUGCAGUUCCACCGGGACCGCAUUAACAAAGCUUCUAACCUGGUCAACAUAGAGCUCUUCUGGAAAUCCUACAACAGCCGCAGAGAUCUGAGCCUCGACCGUAACUACACCUUCAAGUGUCCCGUCAUGCUUGUGGUGGGCGACCAAGCCCCGUAUGAGGAGGCUGCUGUGGAAUGCAACAGCAAGCUGGAUCCAACAACAACAUCCUUCCUGAAGAUGGCUGAUGCAGGUGGACUCCCACAGCUCACUCAGCCGGCUAAACUGACUGAAGCGUUCAAGUAUUUCAUUCAAGGCAUGGGCUACAUGGCCUCCUCCUGCAUGACCCGCCUGUCCCGCUCCCGUACCACCUCCCUGUCCUCCUCCUACUCCAUGGACGGCUCCCGCUCUCGCUCGCGCACCCUGUCCCAGGGCUCGCAGGGGGGCCAGAUGCCGCCCAGCCCCUCCCAAACCAUGGAGGUGUCCUGCUGAAGAGAAACAACCAUGAAGCUGGAGAGAGAGAGAAGGGCGGAGACGUGACAGAAAUGCAGGAACAAGACAAAACUCCCAUCAUUCCCCGCAAGAGAAGAUCCGCCAGGGAGGCAGAGGGAGGGGGACGAGGAGUCCUUUCAGAGCUGGGGAGUUUCUCUCUGCAGCUUCAGGCUCUCUGGCGUCAGAGCACCUUUGAAGCAUCAAGAGAGAAAAUAAAAACAUGUCUUCCUCCUCCUCCUCUUCCUCCUUCUGUCAGUCAGUGCAGCCCUUUAACUCACACCCAGAGUGUGACCCCCCCCAUUAACCAGGAUAGUUAGGUUUCUGAAAACAGAGUAGCUGUUGAUGCUGACGCGAGUGGAGAUGAUGAUCAUUAUAACCUAAACGGAAAAUGUUCUCUUUAUUAUAUAACAACUUUAUUAUGACAUAGAAAAAUAAUAGUUAGAAUAUUUGCAUCGACGUGACUUUUCCUUUUUUCUGUCGGUUUUCAUUCCACCCUUCACCCGUCUGAACGGGGGCAGAAAAUACGACCCAUGUGCGGCAGCCAUGAUCCUGAAGACUCCUCCUUAAUGUUGCCAGGUUGUUCAUGUCUUCCAUUGGCCCCCCCAUCUUAGUGAGUGUUGUCAAGGAGGCGGGCGGGAAGCCUGUUUUCCUCCCGUUUGAACUGGGUUUUCUGUGUGUGUGUGUGUUGAAGGUCAGAAGUGUGCCUCAGUUUCCCAUCAUGCCUCUGCAAACAGCAGGCGCACAGAAAAUAGUGCUUCCAGCCCUGCUGGGAGGGGCCACUGUGUCCACCGCUCAGAACCCCCACGCCUGUCGACACUUUCUGAAAUAUGGAGACAUUGCUGUGCGAACACGAAACCUGCGUCAGAAAAAGCCUGGGAGUCACAUGAUCACAGUAGCCAAUCAAGCGUUAGAGUCAAAAAUGAGCUCAAGCUUAACUCUUGUUGCUACGUUCACGCUUUUUUCAGUAAUUUGGCCACUUCCAAUGAAAAGUCUACAUAAAUUUGCGUUUUCGGGCUUCCGCGUUCAAAACUUUAGCGUUCAAGUGUAGCUAAUGUCUACAACUAAAAGUUCAACCAGGUCGAACUUCAGUAGUGACAAAUGGAUGACAUCCCUGUUGACUCACAGAAGGGGCCAACCGUUUGAAAAGGGAUCAUGGAGGGGGAGGAGCCUAACAACGUCUACGUUUGUUUUUCAAAAAAAAUAAAUCAAUCAUCUCCUGAUACGAUGGUAUCUACAAUUGCAAUGGCGCUAGCAAUGAACCACUACCAAUUCCUGAGAUUUGCUCCGCUUUGACAUUUUGUACCAAACCUCAUGUGACAUGUGCUAGUAAACAUCAGAAGAAGAAUUGAACGCAUGUGUCUACGUAGCUUUAGCACCAAAAAAAGAAAAGGUAGUUUGGCCCACAUACCAUAUCGGGAUGGACGAGUGUGGAGCUUCUAAUCAGCAACAUCUUAAAUUGCCAUCAACAUAAAGAAAAGCAGGACGUUGGCCUGUUCUUUGAUUUACUUUAAGUUUUCAACCAUUAACUUGACAAUUCCAGUAGAUUCUGAAGGCUAUCCUGUUAUUGGUUGAAAAGUUAGAGUAUGUUAAAGAUUUUGUGUUUAGGCAUCAUUGAUGAAGCCUCAGAAGUUAAAGGGUUCAAAUCUUUUCAGUUUUAUUGAAUAAUUAGGUGCUAUAGUUCUGAUAAAAAGGGCCAUAAAUCAAUGGUACCAGAAGAAAAGUGUUGGCAUUGCCCUGUUUCCAUAAACCCAGAGAGAAUGUAUGAGAUAAUGUGAAAGGGCAACACAAUCUCAUCCCCAAGUCGUGACUUAUUGACGUUUGGUUAAGGACCCUUCUGCCUCAUUUUUUGACAUUCUGGCUGUUCCCAUUAAAUGUCUGGGCCAUGAAUCGGAACUGGUCUAGUACUGAGACGCGGAGCAUAUUAGUAACCUAACAUAGUACCAGCACCCUAACCCGGUACCAGACGCAAACUGAGCCUGGUCUGGUACAGUAUCUGGUACCACAUCCGGUAUUCCGACCAGUGCCAGGUUAGGAUACUAGUACUGGCCAUGUCCUGAGGACCAGCCCAUAUGUUGUACUGUUUCCAGUACCGUGUCCAGUACCUCGUCACAAGAGUUGCGGACCCUUGAUUUUAUGAAUAGCCAGUACGUCGAGUUGAGGAUACCCAAAACAUCAAAAAGUGACGCGGAGGGGUCCCUAACAAAUGCGUCAAAAUGUGACAACUUGGGAGCUAGAAUGUGUUGGACCGUGACACGUGUGUGAGGGAGGGGGUGGAGCAUUUGAUCCCGGACACGCCUAAAUAGCAGCCAAUAGAUAGGAGGGCUUUGGCCACAAGGGGGAGCCAGAAUCAUUUUUAUUAAAAGCCAACAAAAGUCCCCGGCUGGGACUCGCCAAUGACCAUGAAUCAGCCCUGUCACUGCCACCUUGCCUACGAGUCGGCUGUGCAUCAGCGUACUGCCAAAAAACCAAAAGUGGGGUGCCCCUAACACACACCUUCUUUGUCUCAGUGAAUCCGACCUUCAGAGGGAUGAAGAUUUCUUUACAAAGCCUAACACUGCCCUGUUACCAACUAGAGAAACUGUAUUUGGACCCUUUUGGUGCCAUUUGAACAGAUUUUUUAGCAUAUUUUAAAGCCAAAUUUAAGCUUCUUUCUUUAACUCUUCGCAGAGCUGAUGUCCCUAAACCUUUGUGAGGAGAGUGAGUGAUUUGCAGAGAGGCAGUGGAGGCUUUCGGAGGUUCUCAGUGAGAUUACAGAAAGAGUUAAAGCGCGGUGCAUGAAACAGUGAUAAAGAGGAGCGGGGUGGAAGAGGGCGAGCCUUUUGUCGGAGGGGUGAGCAGGCUGGUGUGAUUGAAAAUGGUUCAUUUUGUCUUCUGUUGUCUGUAAAGUUUUGCUUUGACAACGUUUUUUGUUUCGGUUUCAUAACCUCUUUUCUUUUUAAAGUAUUUGAAGUGUUAGCCUCCCGUCCCCAUGUGCUCACAACUUAGUUAACCGUGUGCUAGUUCCUGUGUAACUUUUAUAGCAUUAGCAGUUGUAAGGAAAAAUAAUAUAAUUAAUAAGAGAAAAAGUGAAGAAUCAAAUUUACUUGUGUGGCAUUUCUCUGUGUAACACAAUGAACCUCUUAAAGAAACUAAACUAAAUAUGAAUAAAGGUUAUGAAGAAGC